CCCCGCCCUCCUGCUGGAAGCUAUCCUGUUUCCCCAGCCGGUUGCUAUGCACUGGUCACUCGGAGACAGGCUGCGACUGGGCAGGCCUGCACAUUCCUCCAGCGAGUGCCUACCCCGGCUCAGCCCCUGCCAGGAACUCGCCAGAGCCCCACUGGGGGCAGCUACCAGGCAGCCUGUGGAGACCCAGCCCUACCUUGGCCAUGGGGCGCCUCCCCCUGGGUGGCGUCUCGCCCUAUGUGAGGACCAGCACUGGUGGGAGUGUGGACCCUCUGAAGUUCUAUGCCACCAGCUACAGCACAGCUUAUGGGCAGGAGAGGUUCCACCCUCGCAUCGGCCACCACUCCGGAGCUGGGUACAAAUCCAAUUACCGGCCUGUUGUCUCCUACAAGGACAGCCUGGAUCAAGUGGAUAAUCCAGCCAUGGGACAGCUUCUCCAAGAUAACUACGAUACGGUGACCACCAAGCACUUCCGGCCCCUCCAGCUGCCCGAUGGCAAGUACCCCCUGCCCUGGAGCGUCUACCAGCCGGGGAGCGGGUUUGUGCGAGACAAGCCCAUUUCCUUCCCCACCACCAAAGCCGUGAAGAAAGUCCACUUUGAUACCCAGGACCAAGGGCCGCAAGCCAUCCCGGGGCUGGAGCCCAGACACCUCCCCGACCUGCACAAGCCGCAGGGGAAAGGCUCUGUCGAGGCGGAGAAUGCCAGACACGGUCCUCUCUACAUGUCCACAGAGUAUAACUCCAAGUUCCGCUUCGACAUUCCCGGCCAGCCAGAUUUCCUACAGAGGAAGACCAUUGGAGCGAAGGAGGAGACGGGGUUCACUGAGGACACCCAGCGAAACCCCAUAGUGACCCUGCCACCUCCUCCAGGAGAGCCACGAAGCCAGCCUGGCACCAGCAUCACCAAGACGGACUUCGUGCCCAGCACUCUUCCCCAUGGCGACGAGUUCCUGCCGGUGCUGUCGAAGGGCUCCGAGCGAGAGACGGGGUUCAGCCGAGACAAAGGCAACAGCCUCCACGCCAUGCCCGGGGCCGAGAGGGCAGGACCCCUGAGUCACGAUCAGUUCCGGGGGCUCCAGAGGCCGCCGCAGACUCAGACCAGCCUGCUGGGCCGGGAGUACGUGGGGAACAAGGAACUCUCCGGAUUCAGCCUCAACAAUCAGAAGUACGUGUCACCCCCCUAUGACCCGGACAUGCCCAGCAAGUACCUCAGCAGCUACAACUCCAAGUUUUAUGACAACACCCUCAAGGGGGUGGACCGCGAAGGAUGGAUCCGUGGGGGAAUCCAGCCCCAGCAGCCGGGCGGCUUCGCCACCAACAACCACAUCACUGAACUGGGCAGAGACCCCAAUGCCACGGAGACCCUGAGACGGGUCCAUCCCCAUGUCGGCAGGGCGAUCACAGCGGUGGAUCCGUUCUACCGUGAUACGCCUCAUAGCAACUGCUUCUCUGCUCUCUACCAGACCGCUGUACCCGAGUAGCCCUGUCCUUCCAUCUGGAGGGGCUGGUCUCCUGAGGCGAGGCAGGGGCUCUGGGGCUGCUCUCCUGCGGCAAGGCAGGAGCUUCCGCAUCUCCCAAAGGGUUUUAUUUUUCCAAGGACAUAAAGAAAAAUCAUCACUCAG